AUCUCCAGUCUCCAAAAUAAUGCAUACAUUUUAAACCCGGAUUCUGCGAUAACAAAAACCCUAGGAAAGAGUCUCACUUUAUAACAAACAGAGUCACAUCAUAUACAUGUUAAUUAUUAUCAUAAUCUUCAGGCAUCUCAAUCACAAGAAGUCUAAAAACAUCUCUCAAUAAUCUUAUUCUUCCUAACAAGUAACAAGCUAGCCCUUAUUCAACAAGUUUUUGCUGUUGGUCAAUCCUCAUCCAAUUCUCAUUCAGCAAAAACAACUGCUCAACCAUUUGAAGGGAGGCCCACCUUCCCUUCUUCAAGAGUUAAAACUUAAAACCACAGCAAAAUCAUAUAAAUCAAAACUUACAAGUAAGGAGAUUAAUGCUACUCUAAUAUGCAAAAAAGUGCAAGAAAAUAUGUAUAGCCAACUCCUCCCCUCUCGAAAUUCAGCCUUUCUUUCUACGAUAAAGGAGGGGGAAAUCCAAGGGACAUUCUUCAAAUGCACAAAAUGGCAGCUAGAAGAAACUAUGGACCCAAUCAACUGUCCUUACCAUUACUACUGCAACAGCAACUAUUCCGGGGAUUACCCGUCUUGGGUUGAUAGUUUGGCAACUGUCUUCAUCACCAUCACAUUCUUAGCAACUUCAGUUUUGAUGGUAGUGGGGAUGAUAAGAGGGAGAAAGGCAGCUCACCCGACUCGACUCAAUCACUUGAGGAGAUACUUUCUCCCAUCAGGCCCGAUUUUCCUGCCCAUCAUCCUAGUCAUCAUGGCAAAGGGAAACAGAAUAAACACCGUGUUCCCUCUAUUGUAUAAUGGUCCUGCAAUUCUCCACCUGGUUCGGAUUUCUGCUCUCGCAUUCAACACUGAAACAGAAAGCGACUUCAAGUAUGUAUUCCUAGAGGCAUCAACCAUAUCUGGAAUUUUGCAUGCAGCACUCUACUUAGACUCUAUUAUCUUGCCUUACUACACCGGUCUUGAUGCUCUAAUGUCAUCUAAGUUCUCAGGUGAAUGCUUAUCUUGUGUCUGUAGACAGGAGGCUCUAGUUGUAGGAGGGAUGAUAGUCUACAGGGGAUGGUCGGUGACCACCGCUUUGGUGGUGGCUACUCUGAUAUUCAGAAUAUUUUGCAGGUUGACUACAGAAAGUAAGGGGAAAUUCAAGUUGGUGAAGUUCACUAUGGAAAGUUUGAGUUGGAUCUUAAUGACUGUAGAAUGUGUCUAUCUACUGAUCAUUCCUCCACCAGUACGAACUUGGACAAAAGCAGCUAGCUUUACUGGUGUUUUUGUUUUGAUGUGCCUUCAACUUCUAAAAAAGAUUACUACUUCUAUUGUUGCCCAAUAUAAUGGCAACUUGCAAAGUGCAGAGUGGCAAUAGAUAAUUUUGCAAAAAGAACAGAGAAAAUAGACAUGUUUAGACAAACAAAA